UGUUAAUGUUUAAAAGGAGCUGUCCUGAACAAGCAGAGAGAUAACAAGAAAACUGGUGGUGGACCACCACUACCACCUGCACCAUACGAAGAUUUCAUCAUGGGGAUUAUUAGUCACAAUACCUUCUUGAUUAGUGGAAUAAAUGUUGAAAGCACAAGUCCCACAUGUAGAAGUCAAGAUGCUCAGCCAGGCUGCUCAGAGGGGUCUAAUGAAUCAGGGCAUCAUCCUAAUUCCUGCCCUCAAUCACAAAUAAUUACUUUGCCACCUCUACCAGAUGAUAAUAGUGUUGUUUAUGCAGAAAUUAAGUAUGGUGAUGAAAGUGUGGAUGUCUCACUUGAUGCCAGUUUAUCCACAUCUCCGCAGCCAAUAGCUGGGCACUCGCAGUGGGGAUCUGGGACUAAACGAAGCAAGUGCGGAAAAAGAAAAAUAAAUCUCAGUGAAAACAAGUCAGGGAGUCAAAAAGAAAAAAGGCUAGUUGAACUACCACUCAUUCCCAUUAAGGACAAUGAUAACUUAGUGGAUGAAUGGCUUCAGAGUGAAAUCAGUAAAAACAAGAAAAUUGAAAGGCUGGUUGAAUUAAAAAUAAUGAAAUUUGAGUUGGAAUUGGGCAUUUUACAUGAAACGUCUGUGUCCACCUAACAAAACAAACAACAACAAAAUGUUUGACUCCAUUAUCUGUCUGUAUAGUUCUUAUUCAUGUUAUUUUGUUUACUUGCUUGCGGUUAGGAAAGCAAAAUUUUGCCACCUUUGCUUUUCUCCUGUGUUUUUAUAAGAUUUAAAGGCCCUUCUACUUCAGUAUUUUACUCUAAUUUACAGUCUCCAUCAAAAGAUACCCUGAAGAUUUUAGGUUUUCCUUGAUUUUAGAAAAUUGUUGUUAUACUUAAUUAAAAGGAUUAGAAGAUGAUCAAUACACAUAUACAAGACAUCCUUAAAAAAACAGCAGUGAAAUCAGUUGUAAAUAAGAAGUGUUUGACUUGAAAACAUCAAUGUAAAAAAAAUGCAGUCUGAUGGAUAUAGGGGAUGAAUACCACUUUACAUUUCUUGCAGGUGUAAAUUAGUUAUCAAAGUCUCUGAGUAUAAUUCAAACUUACAAGUUUCAAUAUUUUGUGACAAUGAGAAGGAGGUUAUAAUGAACCUAAUAAAAUUUAUAAUGAAACGCCAGCCUCAUCAUGACUAGAGGGGAACAAGAAUUAUGAUUCUUGUUGCUAUUGUCUCUAUAUGAGCUUAUAAUUACUUUCUCUAUCUUUUAUGCCUAUUUUCCAUAAUAUUCUAUACAUAUCUUUAUUGAAUACUGCAUUACUGUGUAUACCAUUUGUUUUAAAUGUCCUUGAGAUGUUUAUGAUUAAACUUUUUAACUUGAGACAGUGUCCGUAUACUGUGUUGGGUGAAUUGCUUGUCAGUGAACACACAAAAACACACUGUUCACAUGCUUUACUCUAAAGUAGUGGAUCUUUGAAUGAAGAUCAACAGCAUCCAUAGGCACCUUAUGGGAAAUGUGUCUUUUCACAGUCACUCUGUUGAGUCAAUGCUUUGUUGGUACCAAUUCAGACAUACCUGUCAAACCUUUAGAAAAAGUUAUUUAUAAGUCUUU